GGCGGGUAUUUCCUCUCGAGUGUAGGUUUUCUAUGGCAACUGGUUCGUCAGAUAACUUAUUGGAUUCAGAAAGCGAGUCUGAGCGGCAUAAUAUAUGUUCUGCUUGUUCUCCAAGUUGUAUGGAUUGUUGUCGAAAUUGUCGAGGUCCGAAAAUUUAUCACGCUCGUGUGGUUAAUGUUGGCAGACCAUCAAAAACUCAGAAAUUUCCUUCAAAUCGGAUCAAUAAUCAAAAAUACAGCGUAAUAAGUUUCAUUCCUCUGGUUCUUUUUGAACAGUUCAGUGUAUUUUUAAAUCUCGUCUUCCUCGUAAUUGCAUGUAGUCAAUUUAUUCCUGAACUUGGUGUGGGUCGGCUGUAUACAUAUUGGGGGCCACUGGGUUUUGUAAUCGCUGUAACACUGAUUCGAGAAGCGGUGGAUGAUAUUGGCAGGUGGUCUCGUGAUCGAGAUGUCAAUAUGGCUAUCUAUGGAAAAUAUGUCCGCAACAAGGAGGUUGCUGUUAUGAGUUCUGAUAUCAAAGUUGGUGAUCUUAUUCAUCUAGAGAAAAAUCAACGAGUUCCAGCAGAUAUGAUCUUAGUAUGGACAUCAGAUCGAAAUGGUUCUUGUUUCAUACGAACGGAUCAGCUUGACGGUGAAACUGACUGGAAACUACGUUAUGCUAUACCAACUACACACGCUUUUGUCAAUCGUGCUGGUGAUCCAAGUUCACUAUGGGAUAUGGAAGCUCAAGUUUAUGCUGAAGCACCGAGACAAAAUAUUCAUAAUUUUGAAGGAACAUUUGUUCGUACAGAUGUCGAUCCUACCUCACCAACAGAUUCUGAAGCGUCAGAAGUUUCAUUAAAUGUUGAUCAUACACUUUGGUCUAACACUGUACUAGCUACUGGAAGUGCUAUUGGUUUAGUUAUAUACACAGGAUCGGAAACACGUGCAGUGAUGAAUUCUAGCAGAGUACGUACAAAACGUGGCAAAAUUGAUCAAGAGAUAAACAACAUCACAAAACUCUUAUUCUGUAUUCUAGUCAUCCUAGCUCUAAUUAUGGUUUCACUGAAAGGUUUCAGUGGAUCUUGGUAUAAAUAUUGGUGGCGUUUUAUCGUCCUAUUCUCGUAUAUCAUUCCUUUGGCACUGCGUGUCAAUUUGGAUUUGGCAAAAAUUGUAUACUCUUUUAUGAUAAUGCGUGAUAGAGCCUUACCAAACUGCCUUGUUCGUAAUACUAAUAUACCGGAAGAAUUGGGACGUAUUUGUUAUUUAAUGUCAGACAAAACUGGUACACUUACACAAAAUGAAAUGAUUUUUAAAAAAUUACACUUGGGUAGUGUAGCUUUUGCAUCGGAUUCCAUGGAAGAAGUUGUCCAAGGAUUGCGUAACCACUUUACUACCGGUUCUACAGCUGGCAGUUUGUCAGAUCCAUUGACUCGUCAAGUUCGUCGGACAACUAAUGAACGUAUGGCUGAUGCAGUAUUAGCCAUAGCUAUCUGUCAUAAUGUUACACCGAUGACAGAAACUUACUCAACUCCUGGAUCGAUUGAUGUAUCAUCAAGUAAAGAGAGUAAAGAAUCUAUGGCUAUGGUGGAAUUAUCCGAUCCAGUUGGUUAUCAGGCUAGUUCACCGGAUGAAAUAGCUCUUGUCUCAUGGACUGCAACUGUCGGUGUAACACUUGUAUUUCGUGAUUUACACAGAAUGCGUUUACGUCUACCUAAUGACACUAUUGUUGAAUAUGAAAUAUUAAAUUUAUUCCCAUUUUCAUCGGAAUCUAAACGAAUGGGUAUUAUUGUCAGGGAUUAUUCAUCGAAAAAAAUUAUAUUCUAUGUUAAAGGUGCAGACACUGUUAUGGCUAAUCUGGUAUCCUAUGUUGAUUGGUUAGAAGAUGAAGCUGGAAAUUUAGCUAGAGAAGGAUUAAGAACUUUGGUUGUUGCAUCGCGUACAUUAACUGAAGAACAAUAUUCAGAGUUUGCUAAAUUAUAUCAUAACGCUAAAAUGUCCUUAACCGGUCGUGUGGAAAAAAUGCAGUCAGUUGUAGCAACUUUAGAAACAAAUUUAGAAGUCCUUUGUUUAACUGGUGUAGAAGACAAACUUCAAGAUGGAGUUCGGCCUGCAUUAGAAGCUUUAAGAAAUGCCGGUAUACGUGUUUGGAUGUUGACUGGGGAUAAACUUGAAACAGCUGCAUGUAUUGCUAAAUCCUCGCGUUUAGUUGGUCGUGAUACACCAAUGUAUAUGUUUAAAUCAGUGAAUGGUCGAAUGGAAGCUCAUUUAGAAUUGAAUGCUUUUCGUAAGCGUUGUGAUCAUGCCUUAUUGAUAACUGGAACAUCAAUGGAAACAUGUUUAAGAUUUUAUGAACAUGAAUUUGUUGAAUUGGCUAGACAAUCACCGGCUGUUGUUGUAUGCCGUUGUUCACCGACACAAAAAACACAAAUUGUCACUUUGUUACGAUAUCAUACAAAAGCCAGAGUAGCAGCUAUCGGUGAUGGAGGCAAUGAUGUGGGCAUGAUUCAAGCAUCGGAUCUUGGUCUUGGUCUAUUAGGUAAAGAAGGUCGACAGGCUAGUUUAGCGUCGGAUUUCAGUUUAGCACAAUUUAAACAUGUCACUCAAUUGUUACUUGUUCAUGGAAGAAAUUGUUACAAGAAUACCGCUGUAUUGACAUUGUUUGUUAUUCACCGAGGUUCUAUAAUCACUGUUAUGCAAGCGAUAUUUUCCGCUGUUUUCUAUUUUGUUGCAAUACCAUUAUUCCCAAGUUUUCUAUACGUUGGUUAUGCUACAGUAUUCACUAUGUUUCCUGUGUUCUCAUUGGUACUUGAUAAAGAUGUACCAGAUCGUAUUGCUAUAACCUAUCCUGAAUUAUAUAAAACCUUACUGAAAGGUCGUGAAUUAACUUUUAAAACUUAUUUCAUUUGGCAAUUGAUAAGUGUUUAUCAAGGCGGUGUCAUCAUGUAUGGUGCAUUGUUACUAUUUGAAGAUGAAUUUAUUCAUGUUGUAGCUAUCACAUUCACUGCUUUAUUAUUAACUGAAUUAUUAAUGGUAGCCAUUACUAUACGUACAUGGCAUUUAUUAAUGAUUUUAGCUGAAGUAAUCAGUUUAGCCAUUUAUAUUAUGGCCUUGAUUGUUAUGAAAGCAUAUUUUGAUUCGGUAUUUUUACGUACAAUUGGAUUUGUAUGGAAAGUUCUAGCAAUCACUGGUGUCAGUUGUAUACCAAUAUUGAUAUUGAAAUUUAUUCAUUAUCGAUUUAGACCAUCAAUCUAUUCAAAAUUGCAAUAAAGGAAAAAAAAAGUAAUCCACUUUGUAUGAAUGAGAUUCUUUGUGUCAGUGAAUCGAUCUAUCUAUGCACAUACAUAUAUACACAAUUUUAUUUACAAUAAUGGAUUAUUCUCUCUUUCACAAAAAUAACAAACCAACUAGAUUUUCACAAGUUUUUUUUUUGUUUUGUUUUAAAAAAGUAAUAAUCAUUCAUUUGUUUAAUUAACUUUUGUUAUUUUUUAUGUUAUUUUUUAUUUUUUACUUCAUGUUCUGUGAUGCAUCACUUACGAUCUAAGCUGAAUGAUGAUGUUGCUGAUGUAACUAUAUACUAUCUAGCCUAGCCCCUUUUCUUAUCUGCUUAGAUUGUGUACAUUGUGUGAUCUUUUAUGUACUACUUACUACUACUACUGAUCCGAUCGUCAUUGUUCAUUCUAAAUAAAUCCAAGAUCAAUCUCACCUAUUCUCCCCCUUGUUCUCUUUCUCUCUGUUGUCACUUUUUCAAACUUGUUAAUGAUUGAUUGAUUUUUAUCAGUUCACCACAUGAAUAAUAUAACAACAUUUGUGUAUCAACUCCUUCUUACUUCGUUUAAGUAUAUCAACGUUACAGAACAACAAUUUAACCCAGAGUUUAUUGAUUAUUAUUUGUCAUUGGCUGAUUUAAAUACUGACUGAACAGCAAAUAAUGUUUAACUGAAGAUGAUUUUAACAUGCAUUAUUAUUGUUCUGGCCACAGAUGACACACACACUAAAACUAACUAACUACCUAUGUGCUGCUACUGUCAUUAAAGAGAAAUAAUACUCAUACAAAACGAUCAUAUCUGUGAUGCUUCAAUGUAUGUACGUGUGUGUGUGUGUGGUGCGCGUUAUUUGAUUCGCAUCGAUUUUGUAUAGUCGAAAAUUUUUAUUCAUGUUGUUUCUUGAUCUGUCUGUCAAUAAGUUGUUUAAUAUUUCUCUGCAAAAAAAAGCAACACAACUUUUAUUUACUAUUAUAAAUCAUCAUCAUCAUUGUCAUUGUAAUUUAUUAUUAUUUAAUAAACUUAUUCGUGAUGUGCAAAAUUUGCUUUGGCAUUGAAACUAAUCAUCAUUGUAAAACUUGUGAUAUAUAUUUAUGUACACACUGUUUUCAUUUACACUCUGUACUCACCAAACUAGGUUAAUUUUCAUUUAUGAUGGUGUGU